CUCCUUCACACUUAUAAUGAAUGAAUGUAUUGUAGGGCUGUUAGGAAUGUACCCAACCUCAGCACUACAUACCCUGAAAUAACGAAAAAGUGCUGGUAACAUCCAAUGUGUUAAAACAAUGAGAGACACUAUUGUGCCUUCAGUACAACAGCAAAGGAAAACUGAGGCAACGGAACAAUUAGCAGGGAAAUAUGUUGUUAUGUUAGCAGACGAGGCCACUGACAGAAGAGAGCAUUGUGUUUUUGCUGUUUUGUUGAGAACUAUUGAAGCUUGGCAUGAGCAGAAACUUUUUGUGGCAAGUGUCAAAGUUCUCAAUGCAGCAAAUUCGACACAUUGUGCUCGUACUAUUUUGAGGGCUCUUCAAACAUAUAAUAUACAGUAUGGUAAUGUUAAGGCAGUAGUGAAUGACAGUGCUAGGUAUAUGAACAAAUAUGUCGACUCCUUGAAAACAGUAAUAGGUGACAAUUUAAUGCACGUUCAAUGCUGGGCACAUAAAAUUAAUCUAAUUGCUAACAUUUAUUCCAAGGAACUUAGUAAGUUAAAUACUACAAUUAGUUAUUUGAAGAGUGCUCUUUUAAGCACCAGAAAGAGGAAACAUUUAUAUUUGCAGUUUCUUAAAGAGAAAAAUAGAAAUCCAAAGGUUUUUCCUCCAGUUUUAACACGAAGGAACUCUUCACUCUCCACAGCUGUCUAUGUAGCAGAAUAUUUUGAGGUAAUGAUUGAAUUCUUCCGCAAUGAUUAUAUGUGAGAGCUGUCGAAUGCAGGCAUUGAUUAUAUUAUUUCACUGACAGAUAAUGAUGUAACUAGGAUUCUUUCAGAAGCCACGUUUGUGGCAUGCCAGAGACUUGAUGAGCAUGGCUGUCUUCUUAGAGACUUCAAAGCAUCCAAUAUCACAUGAACUUUAUUCAAAGUCGAAGCAUCUUGAAGUACACUUCAAUAUUGUGGCAAAAGGAAUAAUUGGCAAUGAAACCAGUGAGGUUUUAAAAACGAUAAAGAGGGAGGUGCUUCAGGCAGAAAUUAAGGAGGGAUUGAAGCGAACUGGACUGCACCUCCAAACGAGAUUGUUGACUCUCAUGGCCACAGAUCCAAGUAGAUCAGUUGUCUAAGCCUUGGAUUCUUGGUUUGAUCCAAGGACAAUAAUUCUCAAUCCUGUUAAUUCCGAAAUGACCAGGAUCUUGCAGUCUGUACUUGGGAUGACUGUUCUCAGCACUGCAGAUAUUCUGAAGGGGUAUCAAUCUCUCCAGAAUUUUGUUCAAAACCAAAUGUCAAUGCAGCUGGAACAUGUUGACAUAGUGAAAUGUCUCUAGGCAACUGCAGUCGACACUCAGCAAUUUGCAGCAGCAGCAUUGAAAGCUGUUUGGUUCCCAUGUUGCAAAGUUGACAGCGAGAGGCUGUUUUCAAACUAUAGCGAAGAACUAACAUGUAUGCGGCACAGUUUCUCUUAAGACAACAUUGAAAUAAUGACAUUGCUGUCAUUCGAAAAACUGUCUACAGAGUGAUGACUUAGUGCUACUGUAGACCUAUCUUUCUUUGCUUGUUUCUUUAUUCUUCUUAAAACAACAAUGAUUCUUACUUUUUCAAGUGUUUACUACUUUUUACUUCUCUGGUGUAAGGAUGAACUAUGCUUCUUUUGUUUGAGAAUGGGUUUCCAUUUUAUCUGUUUUUACCCCAUUUGUCCAGUUCUUGGUAAAACCAGCUGAAAAUGCAGUACAUAAAUGAGCC